UUGAUCUUCGCAUGUCGUCCGGCUUUUCUGUUUGGAACUUCAUUUCUCGAUGUGAUCUCUAGCUAUGAUUGAACUUCUCUGGUUGCUGUUCGUUGUUGUUGCACCAGCUUUAGAAAAGCUUCGAUUUUGGCCGUCGCGCACGCCCUCUUUGCGGAGAUGACGAGACAUGGUGAUGCCAAAAGAGAAACCUAGAGUUGAGGAUGGUGAAAUCAAAUACAAGUGAUGCCCGAGCCCUUAUUCGUUCUCUGCAUUCAGCUUAUGCUGCCACACCAACAAAUCUCAAAGUGAAAUACUAUGAAGAGAUCAGAUGAGGUAACAGCCCCUGUGAAUAGGUUCUCCAUCAUUCGGCUUUUGGUGAUAUUUGAUUGGGGAAGGACUGACGGCGGCGUUCACACUGGGGGGAGCGACCGAAGUCGGCUGAGGUGGCGGUGCCAGGAGAGGGACUGCCGCCGCUGGUGGCAGCGGGGCUGCUCCGGCGCAGUUGGGUGGCGCAGCUCUGUUCACGGCGACCGCUGUCAUCUCUCCGUAGAUUCCGUGACACCUGAACGACGGGCCGGCGGUGCAAACAUUAGGGCGCACCAGCAGCGCGCCGUUGAGGUACAGGUUCCUCCUCCCGCUGUUGUUCACUGUGAUCAUGGAAUCAGGUUGGUACGUGGGAACCAGAGUCCCCGAGGGGAGACGCCGCAGGUCGUCGAACAGCAGCAGGGAGGGGAUCGAAUGCCUGCCCAGGAACGCCACCACCUCGUUCUCGGGGAUGAGGAUCUUGGACAUCAUCCUGUCGCUGGGCAUCAGGAAGGUGGAGUUGUCGGGGAGCUUGUCCUGCACCAUCUGGAUGAGCAUGGCGAAGGAGAAGUAGCUGGCGCGCUGCAUCUCCCGGACCGCCACUACGACGUCCCUGCCGUGCGGCGAAGCUGCAAUCGGGUGGUGGGACGAGGCCGCGGCGAGCAGGGAGAGCAGAGUGAUGGGGAGAAGGCAAGGAUUGAUUAUAGGGAGACGUCACACCUGUGUGCUGCGCCAACUACUACGAAGCUCAUGGCUUGGGCAUUGCCUUUCGACCUCGUUCCUUCGCAGGGCUUACAGGCAGGCGAAGUCCUCCUCGGCACCGCACCAUCGACCCCCUUCAUCUUCUUUCCCUCGACCUGGUUGCUGCGUUUCCUGUUAGGAGAAGCAGACGUAGCGUCCCCUUCAUCAACCUCGACUUCCUCUGUAACUGAUCUCCGCCGCCGGGUCCUUGAUGCCACGCCACCAGCAUCCUCCCUCGGCCCCUUCAGCUGCUCCGCCGCGAUCCUAUCAAAUUCCUCCCCGAGCCUCCUCACCCUUUUCCUCUUGCCAUCACCAGAUCUACUUGGAGAGGAAGAAACCUUAAACUCACUCUUCCCUUGCUCCGACGCUACCACCUCCUCAUCAUCAUCGCCACCAGACGAGACCGAAUCGGGGGACGCAAGAUGGAGAGGCUUCCGGCCGGCGACUCUGGGCUUCGAAAUCAUCGACUUGGGUCUGACGGAGAGCACCGGCGUUCCUCGUUGCAUCUUCUCUUGCUGCGCGCGGAGCUUCUUGAUGGAGCCCUCGAUGCGGCCCUGGAGGCGGUGGCGGUUGAAAUUGAGGCCGCCCAUGGACCAGUGCGCCUCCUUCGCCCAGGAGAGGAAGGGGUCCAUGACGGGCACCGGUGGGUCCACCCGCUCGUCGUUGAACUUCACAUCAGCGUAGAAGCGAGGCCGCGGGAGGCUACUCCCGUAGAACCUCCCCGGACCCAACGCCACCACCAUUUACAGCGAGAGAGAGAGAGAGAGAGAGAGAGAGAUGCAAGAUAAGGAGAGCCUAAGCGUAUUAUAUAGGCAGGAAGGGGAGAUGGCGGGAAUGAUUGGCGCCACUCUCUUGGCGGGAUGAACCGAAGAAAUCCAAGUGAAGGCGCGAGGGGACGGCGGGAAGGUAAAUUUUCAACCUUUUCCCGGUAGACUAAUAAUGGUCGUUGGAUUGACUUGACGAUGUAGAAAGAAUAUACCAAAUAGACGUCUAAUAAAUUGACACCUUCCGCGACACAUAGUUUUAGUUAUGUUUGUUUAUUAAGCAUAAAUUCUAUAAAAUAAUAUCAUGAAAAUUUACAUUAAGAUUCAUGUUCAUAAAAUCUAACAAAUUUUAAGUUGGAAUCUAAAAAUAUUCUUUGGUUUGUUUUAGUUUAUUUCUCACUCUUUAAAAACAUACAAUAGAUAUGAUUGAUAGAUUCCAAUUUAAUUUCUUAAUCAUUUAAUUAUUUAUCAAAAAUAGACAGAUUUCUAUGGUAGCUAAUAUCAAAAGAAAGGUAAGGGAAAAUUAGAAGACAGAAGACCCACCAAUAACCUUAAGUCAUACCUGCUACAAUAUCAUUCAACCACCAGCACAGAUUUGUCCAACCAAAGCACAUUGGUAGUUCUCAUUUAUGCUUAAUCCACAUGUAUAAUGCUUUUGUUACAUUCCAACAUAGUACCUAAGUUUGAAGAAGAUUACCCAGAAACCCUGGGUAUAUACAGCAUAUAAUAUCAGCAACAGAAUAAAACAAGCUUAAAAGCUCUUUAUUCAUCUUACAGCUUCUGCAUAUAGUGCAAUGUUACUGGUCUUGGCACACGAGAUAAUAGUCUUUUAAAGCAUAAAAUGGGUUUUAGAGGUUUGAUAGAUGCUGCAACAUAAGUGCAAUAAUUUUCAGAAACACACACUUGCGGUUGGCGAUGAACCUCGACCAGCCACCUUCAGUGGAAGAGGCUCCCAGACUCUACCCUCACCCUCACUGCAGUGUCCGCUUGAUUUGACAGCUAUAGCUGCCUGGUUUAUCGAGUUGCUUGAGCUCCCUGCUGCUGCUUCUGCCUUGAGCCGGAGCCGCUCAGCCCUUGAACCAAUAGUCUGACCUAAAAUUGAGGCUGCUAUGGUUAGUGCCAUAGCUGUCUUGGGCAUGACCACAGACUUCCUGAGCAUGCCAAUGAAUGGCACAGCAGCAUGGACUGCGGCAAACCACUGAGGAGAGAACUUUUCAGUAUGUUCUCGCCAAACCCCAAGGGGAACGUUUGCAGCCAUGCCUAGCAAAGCUAUUGCUAACAUUUUUGC